UAUGGUGAAAAGGCUUUGACUUUGGACUGAGACUCUCAACAAAGAAUCUAAACAGUGAUAGGUGGGGCCCGUAUUUUCAGGAGAUAAUUGGGUCCCUUGUUAAAAGUGGGGCCAAAUUAUCUCACUUUGGAUUGGCACGUGUGACAUGAAAACAGCUCUUUUUCUUUGAAAUUCUUGUCUUCAUUUUAGCUCUUUGGUUGGUUUAAGACAGAAACAUGGCUUCUGAUUUCAGGUUUGAGCAUCAUUCAACUUGGUGACACCUCAAACUCCAAGAAAAAGGAUACUAACAUCAUCAAUAACACCAACGAUGGCAACGACACCAUGCCUCCGCCUUGUAUGGUGCAUGAACAGGAUCAAUACAUGCCUAUAGCCAACGUGAUCCGCAUCAUGCGCCGCAUCCUUCCGGCUCAUGCCAAAAUCUCCGAUGAUGCUAAGGAAACCAUCCAGGAAUGUGUCUCAGAGUACAUCAGUUUCAUCACUGGGGAAGCAAAUGAGCGUUGCCAACGUGAGCAACGCAAGACCAUCACUGCUGAGGAUGUGGUUUGGGCAAUGGGAAAAUUGGGCUUCGACGAGUACGUUGAGCCCCUCACUGUUUUCUUGACCCGGUACCGGGAGACUGAGAAUGAGAAGACUUCACUGCGUGGGGAGCCCAUUUUUAAGCGUGGCAUAGACUAUGGGCAAAUGAUGAUGGCGCCUUAUGGACCUGCUUUCCAUAUGGAAAACCAUCAGGGGAUUUUCGAUGCUGCUCGUGCCGUGGGUGGAUACUACUAUAGAGAUGCUUCAGGUGCUGGUGCUGGAUCAUCUUCACAGGCUUCUCUGACUAACAACUUUGAUCCAUUUGGUCAAUUCAAAUGACAAGAUGAACAACAGGCAAGCACAGUGAAAUAUAAUUAAUCAGAUAACCAUGACAAACUACCCAUUGUUUAGAAAUAUAGGGAGAAUUAGGUAAGCAUUGGUGUGGCCAUCAGGGUGAUAUUUUCUUCUUGCUGUAUGUACUUGAACAUGUGUGUUCAUUGGUAUUGUUAAACAGAAACAGUAGUUGAGCUGGUGGU